AUGACAUUCUUUUUUCUUUCUUUCUCUCUCUCUCUCUUUCUUUCUUUCUUUCUUUCUUUCUUUCUUACUUUCUUUCUUUCUUUCUUUCUUUCUUUUCACCAGUUUUCUAUUGACUAUUUCGUUGUUUUUUCAAUCAUAUGUAGCAUUCUUUUUCUGUUUUCUUUCUUUCUUUCUUUCUUUCUUUCUUUAUUUAUUUAUUUAUUUCUUUUCACCACAUUCUUUUUCUGUCUUCUUUAUUUCCCUCUUUAUGACUUUCUUUCUUUAUAUCUUUCUUUUUUUCUUUCUUUCUUUCUUUCUUUCUUUCUUUCUUUCUUUAUUUCUUUCUAUAUUUCUUUCUUUCUCUUCACCUGUUUUCUAUUUACUAUUUUGUUCUUUCUUUCAAUUAUAUGUACCAUUCUUUUUCUGUUUUCUUCAUUUCCUUUUUAUUUUUUCUUUUUUUCUUUUUUUCAACUCAUUUUUUUCGGUUUUAUUUAUUUCCAUUUUUUGACAUUCUUUUUUCUUUUCUUUUUUCUCUCUCUCUUUCUUUCUUUCUUUUUCUUUCUUUCUUUCUUUCUUUCUUUUCUUUCUUUUUUUUCACCAUUUUUUUUCGGUUUUCUUUCUUUCUUUCUUUCUUUCUCUUCUUUUCUUUUCUUUUCUUUCUUUUCACCAGUAUUCUAUUUACUAUUUCGCAUUCUUUUUCGGUUUUUUUAUUUCCCAUUUUAUCUUUCUUUCGUUCUUUUCUUUCUUUUCUUUCUUUUCACCUGUUUUCUAUUUACUAUUUCGUUCUUUUUUUCAAUCAGAUGUAUCAUAUUCUUUUUUCGGUUUUCUUUUAUUUCCCUUUAUAUUCUUUCUUUUUCUUUCUUUUCACCUGUUUUCUAUUUAGUAUUUCGUUCUUUCAUUCAAUCAUAUGUCGCAUUCUUUUUCUGUUUUCUUUACUUCCGUUUUUAUGACUUUCUUUCUUUCUUUUCGCCCGUUUUCUAUUUACUAUUUAGUUCUUUCUUUCAAUCAUAUAUAGCUCAUUUUUUUUUCUGUUUUCUUUAUUUCCCAUUUUAUGACAUUCUUUUUUCUUUCUUUCUUUCUUUCUCUCUUUCUUUCUUUCUCUCUUUCUUUCUUUCUUUCUUUCUUUCUUACUUUCUUUCAUUCUUUUUCGGUUUUCUUUAUUUCCCUUUAUAUGACUUUCUUUCUUUCUUUCUUUUCACCCGUUUUCUAUUUAGUAUUUCGUUCUUUCAUUCAAUCAUAUGUCGCAUUCUUUUUCUGUUUUCUUUACUUCCCUGUCUAUUUCUGUUUUCUUUAUUUCUAUUUUAUGAUUUCUUUCUUUCUAUAUUUCUUUCUUUCUUUCUUUCUUUCUUUCUUUCUUUCUUUCUUUCUUUCUUUCUUUUCACCUGUUUUCUAUUUACUAUUUCGUUCUUUUUUUCAAUCAUAUGUAGCAUUCAUUUUCUGUUUUCUUUAUUUCCUUUUUCUUUUUUUGAUUUUCUUUCUUUUCUUUUAUUUACUAUUUCUUUCUUUCUUUCAAUCAUAUAUAGCUGUCUAUUUCUUUUUAUUUUUUUUAUGAUUUUUUCUUUUCUUUCUAUAUAUUUCUUUCUUUCUUUCUUUUUUUCACCUGUUUUUAUUUUACUAAUUGUUUUCAUUUCUUUCUUUCAAUCAUAUGUAGCAUUCAUUUUCUGUUUUCUUUACUUCCCAUUUUAUGACAUUUUUUUUCUUUCUUUCUUUCUCUCUUUUUUCUUUUUUUUUCUUUUUUUUUACCACAUUUCUUUCCUUUUAUUUAUUUAUUUAUUUAUUUUCACCUGUUUUUUUUUAUUUCGUAAUUUUUUCCAAUCAUAUGUAGCAUCCUUUUUCUUUUUUUUUAUUUUUUUUUCUUUUUUUUUUUUCUUUCUUUCUCUUUUCUUUCUUUCUUUCUUUCUUUUUCUUUCUUUCUUUCUUUUUUUUUCUUUCUUUCUUUCUUUCUUUUCACCUCAUUCUUUUCUGUUUUUCUUUAUUUCCCAUUUUAUGACAUUCUUUUUUUCUUUUCUUUCUUUCUUUCUUUCUUUCUUUCUUUCUUUCUUUCUUUCUUUCUUUCUUUCUUUCUUUCUUUCUUUCUUUCUUUCUUUCUUUCUUUUCACCUCAUUCUUUUUCUGUUUUCUUUAUUUCCCAUUUUAUGACAUUCUUUUUUCUUUCUUUCUUUCUUUCUUUCUUUCUUUCUUUCUUUCUUUCUUUUUUACCAGUUUUCUAUUUACUAUUUCGUUGUUUUUUCAAUCAUAUGUCGCAUUCUUUUUCGGUUUUCUUUAUUUUCUUUUUAUGAUUUUUCUUUAUUUCUUUCUUUCUUUAUUUCUUUCUUUCUUUCUUUCUUUCUUUCUUUUCACCUCAUUCAUUUUCUGUUUUUUUUUAUUUCCUUUUUUCUUUCUUUUUUCUUUUUCUUUUUCUUUCUUUCUUUUCACCUGUUUUCUAUUUACUAAUUCGUUCUUUUCUUUCAAUCAUAUCAUUCAUUUUCUGUUUUCUUUUUUCCUUUUUUCUUUCUUUCUUUCUUUUCACCUGUUUUCUAUUUUACUAAUUUCGUUCUCUUCUUUCAAUCAUAUUAGCAUUCAUUUUCUGUUUUUUUAUUUCCUUUUUCUUUUUUUCUUUUCUUUUUCUUUUCUUUUCACCUGUUUUCUAUUUACUAAUUCGUUCUUUCUUUCAAUCAUAUCAUUCAUUUUCUGUUUUCUUUAUUUCCCUUUUUAUGACUUUCUUUCUUUCUUUCUUUCUUUCUUUCUUUCUUUCUUUCUUUCUUUCUUUCUUUCUUUUCACCUGUUUUCUCUUUACUAUUUUUUUCUUUCUUAUUUGAAAUAUUUUUCUUGUUUCUAUUUUUUCUUUGAUUUCGCUUCGUCAUUUCAUUUUUUGGGUUUCUUUCAAUUCCUUCCUUCCUUUGAUAUCACUACCCUCAUUCGUAAUUUGCAACAGUUCGAUCAGAAUAAUCUCAACGAUUUCGUCUAUUCUACGAAAAAUUUCAUUCAUCUAUCUAUCUAUCUAUCUAUCUAUCUAUCUAUCUAUCUAUUAUUACUAUGA